GGGCGCGGCGGGCUCUGUGUCCCCGGAACCGUUUCCGGGGCGGAGGCUUUCUCGCAGCUGACCCGGAGCGGACGGUGACGCGCAGGCCCAGGCGGAAGUGCGGGCGGAGGAUCCCGAGCCGGAUCCCGAGCCGGGCGCGGGGCUCGGGGCUCGCUGGGGCGGCUGCCUCCCGCGAUGGCGAGCCUCUGGUGCGGAAGCCUGCUGCGGCUGGGCUCGGGGCUCAGCUUGUCCUGCCUAGCGCUGUCCGUGCUGCUGCUCGCUCAGCUGACAGACGCCGCCAAGAAUUUUGAAGACGUGAGAUGUAAAUGUAUCUGCCCCCCCUAUAAAGAGAACCCUGGGCAUAUUUAUAAUAAGAACAUAUCUCAGAAAGAUUGUGACUGCCUUCAUGUUGUGGAGCCCAUGCCUGUGCGGGGGCCUGACGUAGAAGCAUACUGUCUGCGAUGUGAAUGCAAAUAUGAAGAAAGAAGCUCUGUCACAAUCAAGGUUACCAUUAUAAUUUAUCUCUCCAUUUUGGGCCUCCUGCUUCUGUACAUGGUGUAUCUUACCUUAGUUGAGCCCAUCCUGAAGAGGCGCCUCUUUGGACACUCCCAGCUGCUGCAGAGUGAUGACGACAUUGGGGAUCAUCAGCCUUUUGCAAAUGCCCACGAUGUGCUGGCCCGCUCUCGCAGCCGUGCCAACGUGCUGAACAAGGUAGAGUAUGCGCAGCAGCGCUGGAAGCUUCAGGUUCAGGAGCAGCGGAAGUCUGUCUUCGACCGGCACGUUGUCCUCAGCUAACUGGGAACUGGAAUCAAGGUGACUAGAAAAAACCAUGGCCGACAAGUGCGAAGAAUG